AUGGGGCUUCUCUUACUCGCCAUACUGUUGCCCGCUCUCGUCAAUGGUGUGACUUCUUCCGGGCUUUCCGUUAUUGAGGUCAAUGAAAAAAAUAAUGUCCAUCAUCUACUACACCAAGGCGACAUUGUGUUAUCCCGUGAGCAUGCAGAACAGGUGGCCAGCGCCACAAAAGAUGCAGGGGGCAAAAACGAACACCGCCUGAAACGUCAGGCCAUGAAUUGGAAGGCUUGGCCACAAAUGCUCUGGAUAGAGGGGCUAAACUACGUCUUUGACGAUUCCAUCUCUGAUCAAACUAAAAAUGCGUUCAAAGACGCGGCGAAUCAAUGGGAAAGUUACACCUGUAUCAACUUCACAGAAAAUCCUUCGGCUAAACACCGAGUGAAAGUCAUUGAGUCAUCAGGAUGUUGGUCGGCUGUGGGCAAACAAGGCGGCGAACAGGAGUUAUCGUUGGAGACGGAUGCAGGUCAGAGCGGAGAUUUCAUGAAAUAUACACAGGAGCAGAACGAUAACUUUGGACUGGCGUACGACUACGGAUCCAUCAUGCACUACGCCGCAGCGGAGUAA